ACGUCUUCUCCUCACAGAGAGCUCAGCAGAAGUCCUACAAUCACUGCAGCUCUCAUCUCCUCCAAACAGCAUCUUCCUCUAACAAACAAGCUGAGGAAGCCAGUAGUGGAGAAGAUGCGCAGAGAACGCAUCAACAACAGCAUUGAGAAGCUCAAGUCUCUCCAGGGCAGAGAAUUCCUAAAGCAGCAGCCAGAUUCCAGACAGGAGAAAGCCGACAUCCUGGAGAUGACGGUUCAUUUCCUGAUGCAACAGCAGAAGCAGCAGCAGCGAGAGCAGCAGUCCUACAACUCUGUUUGCUCCGCUUCAGCCAGUGAAGGCUACGGCAGGUGUGUGCAGGAGGCCGUCAUCUUCCUGUCUCAGUGUGGAGUUCAGACUCCAUCCCAGAGAAGACUGCUGAGCCACUUCCUCACCAUGCAGCCUUCCAUGGAGAAAAGCACAAGUGUCCUGCUGAUCUGUUCUUCAGUCUGCAACAUCAGCAGCAACUAGGAAACUCCAGCCCCUACUGCGCUCUGGAGACCCUGCUAGAUCCCUGUGGACCCUUUGCCAUUACAUACACACUUUAACAUGUCACUGUGAGACUGACAUCGACUAAGUUUCCUAAGAUUGUAGGAAUGUAAUUCCUCUGAUUUUAUGUUCAUUCUAUAUAAACAUGAGGAAAUGUUUCCAGUUUGGGAAUCUUUAUCAUAUUCUUACUGUGUAAUCAGAUUAUCUUUGUUUGAAUGGAUAAACUAAGCUCAUAUUGGGUUUAUAGUCUCUGCAUUUUGCAGGUUGUUUGAAAUCUGCUUUUAAUUAAUGAAAGCUCUUGCUCUUCUUUCUCUCACUGUGUAAGAAUCACUUUUUGAAUGUCUGACAUUCUUUAGUGCACUUUAGUACUUUUUUCUCCUACGGAGACUAGACUAGACUAGACUGUGCAGUCUAAACAUUUGUAACACAUUUCUUGUGAAAGAACAAAUACGUGUUUGCAUGUAUGAUUAUAAUAUUCAGUUAGCUACAUUAGCUAUGUGCUACUUUAAGGCUCUCCAAACUUUGGAUUUUUGAGUUUGUCACCUUCAGUGAAGGUUAUGGAUGUUAUAUUACUGUAUUUGUGGACACACAAAAUCAAUCAUUACAACCAAAAAGUCCUGAAAAUAAACUGUAA